AUGCUGGCCGCUCCUCACGCUAUGCACCAGUACAAGGGCCAGCAGAUCUCGAAGCGGACAUUGGACGACCUUGAGGGUCUCAUUGAUGAUCCAACCCAACUCAUGAUAUCAAGCCACGCCUCCUCGAAAGCUCCAACCAUCAGUGAGCAGGGGCUGGACAUCCUGUCCGCCUCGCAGUAUCCUUUUACUUUAAACAACAGAUACAAUCCUGGAACAACAACAUCAGCAUUCCGAGGGAAUGCGAAUAACAGACGCGUUUCGGCCUCACAGUUCUAUGGAGGCAUUGUUUAUGACGAUUCAAAUGCUCAGUCAUCUGGUGAGGGCAGCGGCACCGAGUCGGCAGGCUACAGAAGUCAGAUGCCCCCUGCUUCCAUCUCGUCUUCGAGGUUCCCAGACGCAUUGAUCAGUAACGCGACCAAUGGAGCCUCAGCCCCGAAGAGUGCUAGAAUUUCUGCACAAUCGACUCAGCCCAGCAAACGCAGCUCGCUGGCGGAACCGAAACGUCAGAACAGUGUCGCUGACGAGGACGAAUCUCCUGAGCCCCGGCCUCGCAAGCGAGCUAAGAAAGCCGCAGUCGAAAUUGGCAGCACUGGCCAAGAUGACGGUGGUAAGAGGCAGAGAGGUCGUCCUCGCCUCGACACUCAAGACGAGACAGCCGCCGAUCGAAGGAGGACUCAGAUCAGGCUAGCUCAACGUGCCUAUCGCAACCGGAAGGAAACGACGAUCAGUGGCCUGAAGGGCAAAGUCAGUAAUCUUAAGGCGACGAUAGAGCAGAUGAACAAUUCAUUCGUGGCAUUGCACGACAACUUGAUGGACUCUGGUCUCAUCAAUAGGCAAAGAACACUGUUCUCGCAGCUAAAGUCCGUACAGGCUGAGUUCGAGACAUUGGCUCAAGCCGCCAAGAUCGAAGACGAUGAGGAUGAUCUCGACUCUCCGCUGAUCAAGGAGCCAACAAAGAAAGCUACGCCUAAAGAUGACGCUGCACCAGCAGUAGCUAACGGCGGCUCUGGCAGUCCUGACCAAACAAGCCAAGAUUCUGACAUUGAGCUACUUCCGCCUUCUAAUAUGAACGGCAUUUAUGGCUACGAGCAAGCAUGGCAAAACGGUAUGUCUGAAGACAUCAUGCAGUUCAACGUACAGAUACCAGAAGCACAAAUCUCGCUGGAUGAUGUCGUGUCUCUGGAAAAGCUACAGUCGAAGUGGUCCCCAGCGCCGGAGAAGCCUCUUCCACUUCCUGUGAAUGCAGCUUCUCCAUUCUACACAUACUCGUUCCAGGAGACGACCUUCGCACGCCGAUUGCAUCGCCUAGCCUUGGAACGAGCAUUCCGCCAUCUUACCAACCCUGCGAUGGACCCAUCGUACAUUGCCCGCACAUUCCGCUUCACAUUCUGCUUUUCGAACCGAAAGCGUUUGUUGGCUCGAUUUCAGAGCGUGCUCAGACGCAAAGCCGGCGAAGCACUGGAGAACUUCAAUGUCCCUUUUUACCACAUUGGUGGUGCUGGAACCCAUUUCCCACGACGAGAUUCGUCCGGAAACAAGGUCUUCCCUCCGAAUCUGGCUGAUCCUGACACUGUAAUGCAAAAGCCCCAAUUUGAGCCAGCUAGGGCAGCAUGGGCUCUGAUGGAGACACCUCGAUUUGAGGCCACGACUGAAGAGAUGCUGGAAAAGCUUGGGUACGGCGGCUUGUGGUUCGACUCUCACGAUGUGGAAGAAUAUCUCAAGACGAAGGGCAUUUUCCUGGAUGGCAAUAGCUCCUUCAUUGAGAUUGAUCCAAGGCAGCUGAGUUUCAUCACUACCACGCCUAACUCGGCAGGUACGAUCAACAUGUUCGGCAAUGGAGGCAGUCCAGACACGCUCUCUAAUCCCACGGGAUCAUCGCGAACCUCGUCAACCCACGACUCCCCUUUGCCACGCACACCCUCGCCACCGGGCAGCAAUGGCCGUGCCACGAUUGAUUAUGUACCAGGGCAUUGGAUGGCUACUCAGCCGCCUCCACCGCGUGUAGACAACUUCUUCCCUUCGUUCGACAAUGAUGCUGCACAGGAGUACUUCACAGCGGUCGAAAAGGACCUGCGAGCUCAAGAUCAGUGGUCACAGGUCCAGGCUGUACAGACCCGACAGGUCUGGCCAUGGGGAUCUGAGCCCUUUACGGACAACACACAGGACUUGAUGGCUUCUUACCUGGAUCCACUUGACGGCGUGGAUGCUGCAUUAUCGACAAGCGCUGACUUCUCAAACCAGCCAGCCAAUGUUAUGGCAGCAACUGGUCGCAAUACGAAUGCUUCUCCAUUGACACAAAGCGGGUCGCAGAGCAAUACUAGAAACAACACUGCUUCGACUUCCGCUGAAGACAGCGCCAAGAAUAUGAAUAACGUUCUCGCCUCUCUCCAGCAGAGAGGUCAGAACGUGACAAUCGAUGUCGAGAAGUUUCUGGCACGUAUGGUCGAGGGUGGUGCUUGCUUAGGAAGAGCUCCUGGCUUCAGGAAGGAGCUAGUUGAUAAUGCGAUCGCUUUGAGUCUUGCUGAGGCUUUCUGA